AUGUUGCAGGAAGCCCUGCAAAUACGCGAUGGGAAAAGGAUUGGCCGUCUGUUUUUCGUACGUGACUAUCACACGAACGCUAGGUUCCUCGUAGAUACGGGAACCCAAGUAUCAGUCUUUCCUGUCGGUAGCAGCAAGCCACGAGCUACGACGCUUCGGCUAUGCGCUGUGAAUGGCACUCCCAUUCCUACCUUUGGAACAAGACAACUCACGGUCAACCUGGGAUGGCAACGACGGUAUCCAUGGACCUUCAUUCUUGCGAAUGUUCCCACUGGAAUAAUGGGUAUCGAUUUUUUGCAGUACUAUGAAUUGCUUGUCGAUUCACGUUGUAUGCAGUUGAUCAACCCAGCGUCGAAUAUCAAAGUCACGGGUCUCAAAGCCCGAACAGACGUUUACCGAAUCACGGGUUUAAUGCCUGACAUCCCUGUGGAUUUCCAGACAUUGAUCGCCCGAUUCCCCACGUUGACCAAACCUAUUGAGGAUCUAACACUAGUGACUGAUCGUGUUGCACACUACGUAGUCACUAAGGGUCCACCAGUCACGGCACGACCCCGCCGACUGGCACCGAACAAAUUAGCUUUUGCUAAG